AUGCAGGAAUAUGAUGUUAUUGUACUUGGGACUGGACUGAAGGUAAGAAAACAUAUUUAUUGUCAGUAAAAAAAGGGAAAUUGCAAUGACCUUUUUUUUUCCUGCUGGUCGUACUGUUGGUCUACAAAGUCGCCUCACGUGAGCAGGAUGGAUUGAAUUUAAAGUUGCAGAGUUUUUUAUAUCAAAAUGGGAAAAAGAUGAUUGUAUUGAGAACCUAAAAUACUUUGAAUGGAGAGAUAUUUAUUCUUUCUUUGAUUAAAAAAGUCUCACUAAAGAGAAACAUAAUACUUUAAACGAAACCUUAACUCUUGUUAUCAUCUCUGAAUAGUUUUUAUCAGAUAAGUUUGUAUUUGAAAGUUCAGUUUAUAAGUACUUAGAAUUAUGCCAUCAUUGUGCCUCUCCUAAUCUACUCCGUGUUGUCUUGCAUGUCAUCGUGGACCCUUUUCUGUCUCAGGAGUGUGUCCUUUCCACUUUAUUGUCUCAAAGUGGGAAAAAGGUUCUUCACAUCGACAAGAAUCCUUACUACGGGGGAGAGAGUGCUUCCAUUUCUCCCCUUGAGCAGGUGCUUUUACACAAACACAUAUAUGACGGAAGAGUGGCUGCCGCUCAAAGCUACAUUACUGAUAUUUUUGGUUUUUAUUAUUUCAAAAUUUUCCACAUUAUGCUGACAGCUGUUCAAGUUGUUUCAAACUCCUGGUCCAUUCAAAUCGUUGGGACACGGAAAAGAGUGGAACAUCGACCUCAUCCCCAAAGUUUUCCUUGCGAAAGGUGAGACCAGAGUUCAGAGUUUGUCUGAAAGAUUUUCAUGCAUUAUUUUGGUGAAUCAGUUCAUUUCCCCCUCUGUUGUGUUUGCAUUAGGUGAUCUGGUGAAAAUCUUGGUGCACACUGAGGUUACGCGAUAUCUGGACUUCAAGGUCAUUGAGGGCAGCUAUGUUUAUAAAGCAGGCAAAGUUCACAAAGUCCCUGGCACAGAGGAAGAUGUCCAUUCUUCAGGUGAAAAACAAACACCUAUAGAUGAGUGUUUAAAGAUCUACUUCAUAUUAUUCACUGAGACGUUUUUCCUUCAGACUUGAUGGGCAUGUUUGACAAGAGGAGGUUCAGAAAGCUGCUGCAGUUUGCCCAAAACUUUGAUGUUAGAAACCCCCGGACAUACCAUGACAUGGAUCCUCACGAAACCACCACCAGGGACCUGUUCUGCCACUUUGACCUGGGGUUAGACGUUCAGGAGUUCAUAGGUCAUGCAGUUGCCUUAUACAGCAAAGAGAGGUCAGCCACAGAAACUCAAAAUGACUUACAUAAAACAAAUGACAUCAGCUGGUACUCAAAGUUAAAACUUUCUGAUCAGUUACCUGGACCGUCCAUAUUUGGAAACCAUCAGGCGGAUAAAGUUGUACUCUGAGUCUGUGUCCCACCAUACCUCCAGUCCUUACCUCUACCCUGUGUAUGGGCUGGGAGAACUACCACAGGGAUUUGCCAGGUAAGAGGAUAACUAAUCAGUUUAUUCUCUGAAUACUGUCAAAAAGGAUUAAAGUGAUAUUCUUUAAUCUAGGGUCAAACACACCGCAACACUGAGUUAGACACCCCUCAAGAGAUGAAUGUUGCCGCCUCUUUAGUUAUAUCAACUUUAGUAAUGACCGCACAAUAGCAAUGCACAGUGGUCUAUGGAUCUAACUUAAUCAGCAGGACAUAUAGGGUCCUAGCCACAGUACUAGCCACCAAACAUCUUUUUAGCUUUGCCUAAUUUCUUUAGCAAAGAGACUAAACACAACUCACCUUCUCUCUUCUAGCAGCCGCUUGUCCAUUACGGACUACAGCGGGGUUCCAUUUCUUCAUGGAAAUUUAAUCAGACAGAGGCGCUAAUGCAGAAGACUUACCCGGUCUGCAGUGCAAAAUGAUAAAUAUGGUGAUUAUUAAAUCAAGGAAAUGAUAAAGUAGUGAUCGUAAUUGUUCUUCCUUGAGCUGCGUCACCCCGCAGCAGACUGUAAUGGACUGGCCCGAGGUCUCGCUAUAAACAAGUGGCUGCUGGAAGAGAGUAGGUGAGUUGUGUUUAGUCUCUUUGCUAAAGAAAUGAGUCAAAGUUAAAAAGAUGUUUGGUGUCUAGUACUAUGUCUGUGAACCUAUAUGUCCUGUUGAUGAAGUUAGGUGCUGUUCUGAGCAUUAUUUGUGGAUAUAGAGUGGCGUUUUGGUUGAGGUUUGUUUAUGACUCCUUAAACCACUGUGUAUUGCUAUCAUGCGGUCGUUACUAAAGUUGGUAUAACUUGAGAAGCAAGUGGUCGGCAACAUUCAUCUCUGGAGGGGGGUCUCUAACUCAGUGUUAUGGUGUGUUUGACCCUUUAAGUUUAUCUUGUGGGAUAAGAUCGUAUUAGCAAUCGCACAUAACGUGGCACUGUUCUGCAUGUGUGUGUUUCAGACUGAGUGCAGAGUAUGGAGGAACCUUCCUGAUGAACAGAGCUGUAGAUGAAAUAGUGAUGGAUGGUGGUAAAGUAAAAGCUGUGAAAUCUCAGGGGAAGGCGAGUGUUAUCGAUGUAGAGGAAGGUUUGGGAAGUAGUCUCAAGGAUGUUACAGGUAAAGAUGUGGCCCUCGUUGAUCUUGUCUGUUUUUUUUCUCUCUUUAACAGCUGUUCUGCUGUAAACAGCUCAUCUGUGACCCAAGCUACGUCCCCAACAGAGUGAGAAAAGCAGGUCGUGUGAUAAGAGUCAUCUGCUUAUUAAAUCAUCCGGUUAAAAACACCCAUGAGGCAAACUCCUGUCAAAUCAUCAUCCCUCAAACACAGUUCAACAGGAAAUCCGGUACUCUGUCCCUGCUAGUAUUAAUCUGCAUGUGUGCUGCAAAGAUCCAAAGCUGAUCAGACUGAUGAAUAACUAACUAGAAAAACUCCUCUGUCUGUGCAGACAUUUUCAUCUCCCUGGUGUCCUACACUCACAGUGUGGCCCCAGACGGGCUGUACAUCGCUACAGUGAGCACCACAGUAGAAACUAACAACCCAAAGAAAGAAAUCCAGCCAGUACUGGAGCUGCUCGAGCCCAUCGUGCAAAAGUGAGCCACUAUUUCAAUCAUUUCAUUUAGCAUUUUGUUAAGGUGCCAUUUAACUGAUGCUGUUUACUACUUUGGAUCCAGAUUUGUUUCAGUGAGCGACAUCCUGGUUCCCAAUGAAGACGGAAAAAGAAGUCAGGUAAUUCAAGAAAUCCUCAAACAGAAUUUCUCUAACUUGUACUAAGAAAUAAAGACGUGUGGUUUCUGUUUCAAGGUUUUCGUGUCCAGCUCAUAUGAUGCAACAAACCACUUUGUCUCUGAAUGUGAGGACAUCAAGGGUCUGUAUCAGCGGAUCACAGGAGCAGAGCUGUGCUGGGGACGAUCUCAGAGACAUAAAUCUUCCAACUCUGAUGAAGACUGA